CCUCAGUGCCUCACACACGGGACACCCCUGUAGCAGGAGCUGCCACCGAGAGCUCGAGUUCUCGUGACAUCUCCCCCUUGCUACGUACAGUUCGACAGCUCCAGCAAGAAACGGGGACAUGGCCUUCGCGGGAGACGCCGACGGUUUCGCCCUCGACUUCAUCCGCGAGCACCUGCUCGGCGGUGGUUGCGGCGGCGUCGCCGCCGUGGAUAGCCCAGUAGACUCCGACGACGUCGACGUCACCAUCCCCGUGCUGCCAGCUGAACCGGAGUUCGAGCCCACGUCGUUCUUACCGCUGGAGCAGGAGCAGCAUCAUGGGUACAUGGGCAUGGACCUGACCCACGAGUACAUGGGCUGCGGUGCGCCCGCGGUUGGCGAGGCGGCGGCGGCGUUCCCGGAGCAGGAGCCAGCGGCACCGGUGAUCAUAAAGUUUGGGAGCCAGAGCUCGUCCCCCGUCAGGCCGCCGCUCACCAUCGCCGUGCCCCCGACCUCAUAUGCGUGGGCGGCGACGGCGUCCGCCGCAGCGCCGGCAGUGGCCGAGGCAGUCGAGGACUACCGCAAGUACCGCGGCGUGCGGCAGCGACCCUGGGGCAAGUACGCGGCGGAGAUCCGCGACCCCAAGCGCCGGGGCUCGCGCGUGUGGCUCGGCACCUACGACACGCCCGUCGAGGCCGCGCGCGCCUACGACCGCGCCGCGUUCCGGAUGCGCGGCGCCAAGGCCAUCCUCAACUUCCCCAACGAGGUCGGCACCCGCGGCGCCGACCUCUGGGCCCCGCCGCCCGCUCCGGCGGCGAAGGCCGCUACCGCGGCGAACAAGAGGAAGCGGCAGCAGCCGGAGGACACCGACGACGUCGAGGUGGUCGCGGUGGUGAACAAGGCGGUGAAGGUCGAGGUGCCGUCGUCGUCGUCAACCCAAGUGUCCUCUUCCACCACCUCACCGUCGUCCAUGUCAACACGCGAGACCACCGCCUCAUCGACGGUGACGUCGCCAGAGACGACGGAGGCGGGUGCAGGUGCCGAGUGGCUUCCCGUGACGCCGUCGAGCGGGAGCUGGGAGCAGUACUGGGAGGCGUUGCUCGGCGGCCUGCCGCCGCUCUCGCCGCUGUCACCGAUCCCGACGUUGGGGUUUCCGCAGCUCCCCGUUAAUUGACUCGCCGUGUUUGCAUAGGCAAGGAUUUGGCCAAUUGGCCUAAUCCUUUUGGAUUGCUAAGGAAAUCAUUUCAUUUCCCUUCCAGUAUAACGGGAUCAGGACUAAACCUCAUCCGCCUAUAAACUAGCCAAAAUGCGAAUGAGCUGUGACGAGCAAACAAAUCUGAAGAAACCAUACAGGGAGGUACA